UGACAGUUUUCAAAUUUGAAACACAGAUUGUCAUUAAUAUUGUUUUGUAAAUUAUAUGAGAAUUGAUAAAUAUGAACGACAAAAGUAGGCGACCCUUGCAAAUUCCAUCAUGGCAUAUACCUUACAUGGAAAAACACCGAUUGUAUGAACUCUUUCACGAGUUAGCCAGAGAACUUACCAUACAACAACCAGAAGAUCAUGUGUCAUUCAUCAAACAGAUAUUAUUCAACACAUACCAGAACAGAGACAACACUAGAGUAGUGAUGAUCUGUCCACCGAGAACAAACUGUGAUAAAGUGGCCUUACGCAUUUCAAGUACAACAAGACAAGUAGUUAUCACGAAAGAUACAUUAGAAAAAUUCGCGAAAGCUGCAAAGAGUACCUUGAAACCUUCCCAAGUGGCUAGAGUUAUAUCCAAAUUGGUUCGCAAAGAUGACGCUUACAAAAACGGUUGGAUACUGGUCAAUUGUCUGAAGAAUGAAGCUGAAGCUAAGGCUUUGAUCAAGGCUGGAAUAUUGCCAACUCAUUGCUUAUUUCUAGUGAGUCCAUUCUACCCACCGAUAGAUCAACUAAAAUACUGUGAUGUUCCAGAAGAUUGGCCUGAAGACAGACGUCAGUUGCUUGCUUUGAAGAAUAUCUUCAAAAACAUCCUACAUGAGGUUCACUUAAAGCAAAUGUCACCUGAUGAAGUGGCUAAGACUUGUAUUGAACUAAUGAAAAUACGAGGAGGGAAAAUAUCAAUCACUCCAAGAGUUCUCAUAAUUGGUCCUAGAGGUUCAGGAAGGAAAACACAAGCGAAGCUUCUAGCUAAAACACUAAAUAUCGUCCAUAUAGACUUUGAAUAUUUAUUAUGUCAAGCAUGGGUGUCUGAAUCUGAUAUAAGUGCAAAGUUAAGAGCAUGCAAAGAACGCGUUUGUUUCCAUUCGGAUCUCUUGGUUCAACUUUUGAACAAGAAGAUACUCGAAGUUGAUUGCUUGAAGAAUGGCUGGGUCCUCACGGGCUUUCCGUUCAGCAAGGCUGACUUGAUGUAUUUAGACUGCGUCGAUACUCCCCCCAAUCGAAUUAUUUUCUUGGAGUGCGAUCUCAAAGUGUGCCGAGAAAGGGUUACGUUGAACCGAAUCAAUAUAGACACUGGUUCUGGGGUGAACUUGCUAGAUAAGGAAAGGGUGAAGGGCAAGAAGUUAGAAUUACAUCCUAAGGAUAGGGAGAACAUCGUGAAUUCAGAACAUACAUACUACUGUGAAAAAUAUCCGCAACUCAGAGAUUAUUGUGGGGGUACUGCUUCAGUGGUGAAUGGUGAUCAACAGAGACGUUGGGUGAAUGAGUGUAUGAUCGGUAUUAUUGUGAGGGAGUCACCUCCUUGUCCUCCUCGGAAACCAUUCGAGGAUGAACCUAUGCCAGCGAGACCUCCAAAGCUUGAAGAUAUGUUUGCCUUAUGCAAAUGUGGACCGUACCCACCUCAAAUGAAGGAUAUGUUUAUCACAACUUUAUGAAUACACUUACAAUUGAAAGAUAUACGCCUGUUAUUCUUUAUAUCUUAUUAAUAGAUUUAUUGAUAUUUUCCCUGA